UUUCGGUUCUAAUAAAAAACCAGAAUCGAGAUCACUGCAAACCGAACCAAUGUAAUCCUCUUCGGUUCCAAUUUUUAAAGUCACCGUGCUUUUUCGUCAUUGUCUGAGAGGAAGAACUGUUCCGUUGACGGAGCUUGAUGGCCCAACCACCGAAUCGUCAUUUCUCAAUAGAAAAACCCUUUCUUUGUGAUUGCUUCGUUCCACGAAAUUGUAAGCCAAAGGAACAUUCAUCGAUCCAUAAUCAAUAUGCACUUGCUUCUAACCUCGUUGACUUCUUCUUCUUCAACCUUUUUGUUACUCGAUUACCAAUUCAUUGCCUGGAAAUUCUUGAAUCCUAUCAAAGUCUUCUCCUUUGAUUUGUAUAAUAAACCUAAAGUGUCUCACAGAUACGAUAACUCAGUUUCCUCUUAAGAUACUGUAGCAUGGACGGUGAAGCUUUUGAAAUCUCAUUACUUGAUGGAGAAGAAGACAGAUUUGGAGGUACUGUGGUGAACUUGAUGGAAGUGGAAUCCAUGACUAUUGGUGAUUUUGAUUCAAAGCUUGAUGUUUCACUUAAGGCUUGGAAGGAUCAGGGGAAGAAGGGGAUUUGGAUAAAGCUGCCUAGUGAGCUAUCUAGUCUUGUUGAUACUGCAAUUAAGAAAGGGUUUACAUACCACCAUGCCGAGAAUGAGUAUGUGAUGCUUACAUUUUGGCUUCCAGAGCCACCUAGCACUCUUCCUUGCAAUGCUUCUCAUCGUAUUGGGAUCGGUGCUUUUGUCCUAAACAAGAACGGAGAGAUGCUUGUGGUUCAGGAGAAUAGUGGAUAUUUCAAAGAUAAAAAUGUCUGGAAGGUGCCUACCGGUACUAUUAAAGAGGGUGAGAGUAUCUGGGCUGGAGCAGUUAGGGAAGUGAAAGAAGAAACUGAUAUUGAUGCAGAGUUUGUAGAAGUCUUGUCUUUCAUGGAAAGUCACCAAGCAGUGUGGCAAAGAAAAACGGAUAUAUUUUUCGUCUGCGAGUUGGAAGCAAGAACUUUUGAAAUCCAGAAACAAGAUUCUGAGAUCCAUGCUGCUAAGUGGAUGCCGGUUGAGGAAUACGUAAACCAACCCUAUCACAACAAGGAGGGGAACGAGAUGUUCAAGUUAAUAGCUAACAUCUGCUUAAAAAGGUCGCGGGAGAAGUACACGGGCUUCGUUCUUACUACGAAUUCAGCCAAAAAGAGCCUUUACUGCAGCGUCGAUCACGCCAACCUCCUGAAGGAAACAGCUGACCAAGCCUCCACCUCUCUCUCUGACUAGUCGGAAAGUGUUUCUGCUUCUUUGUUUCACGUCUUGUGUAUUCAAUUAAAGUUCACCAGUCUUGUGUGUCCAAAGACUGGAGACUUGCCAUUAGUAAUUCACCAUGGUUUCCUUCUAAAUAAAAUGUACUGAAGAAGAAACAUUUGCUUGCGAACGGCUUUUGAGAAAGGCUUUGUUUUGGUUGAUUUAAUUCUGUUUUAGUUCUCUCUAGUGACAUUUAUGACGAUUUUUUUCCUUUGAUACUUCAUAGUUUAUUCUCACUUUCUCAGCUGUAUUGAAGACUAAAGAGAAAUCUCUAAACCAUUGAUUGUUGUUUACUAAAGAAAGAAGAAAAUGGUUUAUGGAAAA